AUGGUGAAAAUUAUGAAAAGUCAAAAAGUUGUUAUUGUCUUAGCCGGCCGAUACGCCGGUCGUAAGGCAGUAGUCAUCAAACCACAUGAUGAAGGCAGCAAUGAACGAGGUUACGGUCAUGCACUUGUCGCUGGUAUCUCGCGUUAUCCACGAAAGGUAACCAAACGUAUGGGAAAGAAAAAACAAGCACGUCGAAACAAAAUUAAACCUUUCGUUAAAGUUGUGAAUUAUAAUCAUUUGAUGGCUACCCGAUACACAGUUGACAUUAACUUUGAAAAAAGUUUAAUCAAUAAAGAAGUUUUCCGUGAUGCUGGCCUUCGACGAAAAGCUCUCCAAGACGUCAAAGAGAAAUUUGAAGAACGUUAUAAAACAGGCAAACACAAAUGGUUCUUCCAAAAACUACGAUUCUAA